GCCGUAGCGCGAGCGGAGCCAGAGCGCCGCGGGCUCACAAAGCGGCCGGACGCGCGGCGGCGGGUGGCAGGAGCGCGGGGCAGCGAGAGGCCAGUCAGCCUGGUCCGCGACCGUGCCACCGGAGCUCAGGCAACUCGGACGCGGGGACCCGGUCCGGCCCCUAAGAUGCCGGCGAUCGCGGUGCUGGCGGCGGCCGCCGCGGCGUGGUGCGUCCUCCAGGUCGAGAGCCGGCACCUGGAAGCGCUUGCGGGAGGCGCGGGGCCCAACGGCAAUUUCCUGGACAACGACCAGUGGCUGAGCACCGUCUCCCAGUACGACCGCGACAAGUACUGGAACCGCUUUCGAGAUGAUGAUUAUUUCAGAAACUGGAAUCCCAACAAGCCCUUUGACCAAGCCCUGGACCCUUCCAAAGACCCCUGCCUGAAGGUGAAGUGCAGCCCUCACAAGGUGUGUGUGACCCAGGACUACCAGACGGCCCUGUGCAUCAGCCGCAAACACCUGCUCCCCAGGCAAAAGAAGGAGAACGUGGCCCACAAACACUGGGUUGGACCUUCAAAUCUGGUCAAGUGCAAGCCCUGCCCUGUGGCACCAUCGGCCAUGGUCUGCGGGUCUGAUGGCCACACCUACACAUCCAAGUGCAAGAUGGAGUUCCACGCUUGUUCCACUGGCAAGAGCCUCACCACCCUCUGCGAUGGGCCCUGCCCGUGUCUCCCAGAGCCUGAGCCACCGAAACACAAGGUGGAGAAGAAUGCCUGCACAGACAAGGAGCUGAGGAACCUCGCCUCCCGGCUGAAAGACUGGUUCGGAGCCCUCCAUGAGGAUGCCAACAGGGUCGUCAAGCCCACCAGCCCCGACGUGGCCCAAGGCAGGUUUGACACCAGCAUCCUGCCCAUCUGCAAGGACUCCCUGGGCUGGAUGUUCAACAAGUUGGACAUGAACUACGACCUCCUGCUGGACCACUCGGAGAUCAAUGCCAUCUACCUGGAUAAGUACGAGCCCUGCAUCAAGCCCCUCUUCAACUCCUGCGACUCCUUCAAGGACGGCAAGCUCUCCAACAACGAGUGGUGCUACUGCUUCCAGAAGCCUGCAGGUCUCCCAUGCCAGAAUGAAAUGAACAGGAUUCAGAAACUGAGCAAGGGGAAAAGCCCGUUGGGAACGUUCAUGCCGCGCUGUAACGAGGAGGGCUAUUACAAAGCCACACAGUGCCACGGCAGCACGGGCCAGUGCUGGUGUGUGGACAAGUACGGGAACGAGCUGGCGGGCUCCAGGAAACAGGGCAUCGUGAGCUGCGAAGAGGAGCAGGAAACCUCGGGCGACUUCGGCAGUGGCGGCUCCGUGGUCCUGCCGGACGACCUGGAGGACGAGCGGGAGCUGGGGCCGGAGGACAGGCUGCGGAAGCUGCGGGUGCGCGCCCGGGCCCUGACCGAGGACGACGAGGACGAGGACGACGACAAGGAGGACGAGGUCGGCUACAUCUGGUAGUCCCCACGGGAAGAGGACACAGGUUGGCACCGAGUCGCAAGUCACUUCCCGUUCCUGCAUUUGUAUCUCAGACUCCACGGCGCCCUUGUUGCUCUCUACCAACCGAAGUCUGGAAGACAGCUGGCCCGCCCCCAGAGACUCCCGGAGGUGGUCGGUCGUGUGGGAAGAGGGGUGUGCGUUGUUUUUAGGCAGGGGGAGGGCUGGCUGCACUGGAGCCCCCUUCCCACCCAGGAGACUUUUGCAAGGAGCAUGUGGUCCGUGCAGGGAGCCCUGCCCCUAACGUAAAGGCCCUCGUCUGACCCCCACACCGGUGGUUGCCGCAGCAUGGUUCCCGGCCUUACGGUGGCUAAGUGCUUCUCUUGUGUCUUGUAGAUGUUGUGGAAAACAGCCACGCUGUACUUCACUCCCCCGCGCCCCCCACCCCUGGUGUGUAUUAUGAAUACUUAGUCAUUCACAUCACUAUAUCUGGCUUCCUACAGACAAGAGCCUUAACUCAGUUGAGAAUCCUUUCUGGGCACUGAUUUUCUUUAUUGGAAAACUGGUGUGGGGGUGCUUCCCUCUGCACCUGCGAGCCUAGAUCCCCGCGUACGGAAGAGACCAUGUUUGUAAGUCGGGUGCACGCUCCGCUCGGAAAAACUGUUUGGCUCCUUUUAAAACCAUGUGAAAAAUAGUUAUGAGCGUGUGAGCCUGCCUAGACCUGGAUCUCCAUUUCUGGAAUAAAGUGUGUAUCGAAGGCCUUUCUUGCACUAACAGUCGGCACUUGCAGGCAGCGGGCGGUGGCAGUUUCUUCUCACUGGGACCCCCCUGACCCAGAGAAACCACCGCCCGCCCACAUCGCUCUUCCUGCACAAGCCAUGACGCCCAGGCGGGCAGCUGCACAAGCCGCCUCUUUCAUUCCAGCGCCAAGCCCCCUGGGGCUGCAGCGGCCUGUCUGCUGCAGGCGCCUCCCGCCCCACCCACUCAAGGGCUUUUUCUAGGGGACCCACACACACCCCGCUCGCUGAGAAGACAGUACCUUCAUGGUAUUGCGUAGAAGAAAAUCCAGGAUUCUUCCCUCAAGGUUUCACUUUUGCCCCCUUCUAUCCACAGUCGUAAUGAGCAGCACAGGCUCCCGAGGGAGGCCUAGGAAGAGCUUCGUGACAGCGCAGGGAAGCAGGGCCCUGUUAGAGCCGGUGCUGCCCAAGGGUCAGGACACGAGUGAAGGGAGUCUCUCAGCACGUGGUUUAUUUCCCCUAAGUGAGGUCACUGUUAGAGCCCAUCUCCGAAUUUGGUAGGGUCGCCAUGUCCCUAGUCUUCAGAAUGUCUCUCCCUAUUGGGCUGGCCCAGAUUCAAGGACAAGUACCAAAGAGUAGUCUUCUAAGUGGCCCGUUUAGCUCAGUGCUGGCCCCUCAGCUCCUCCCCGACAGGCUUGCCCCCUCCUGGAUGCCCACCCAGCCGGUCCACAAGCCCACGUCAACUCGGGCAAAAAAAUGGACUCAGCCAAACCACAUCACAGUGGCAGCUGACCAGCCCUCCACCCCAGAGCAACCAUUUCUCUGUACUUUCCCCACCCCCUGACACUAACACUUCCAGCCCUUGCACUGGCUGAACAGAGAGGCUUUAUCCCUGAAGUUAGUCUCAGGCCAGACACAAACACGAUGAAGCAGCGAACUCUGAGGCCCAAUAAGACGCCAGUGCAGCCAGGAGCCCAGACACAGGGAGGCCGCUGGCCAGCUCUGUGCUAGGAAGUUGACUCUCACUGUGUUGUAAUGUUUUUUCCUAACUUGCACAACACUUUGAGCUCAUAAUUUAGAAAACAGGUGCUUAAUUGCAGCUACAUUACAAUAGAGUAUAUAAAAGAAUCAAGAUGUUAAAAAACCUCAGUUUAGACCCUCAGAGAAAACCAUUGUUACUCCCUCCCCCAAGCUUGGAAAAAUGUGUAAGAGAACAAAUUUAAAUCGACAAAUUGAUUUCACUUAGAGAAACUAAUUAUCUUAUGACAAGUGUCAAAUUAAGAUGACACUUAAAGACCCUUAGCAUUAACUUAAUGAUGGAGAAGAGUGCUCAGCAGUCAGUUCUCAGGAAGGUAAUGAGACGCUCAUUUUCAGAGAUGUUCCAGGAGGAUAUCUUGGUUCAUUAAACUAUUAAAUAAAAAGCCCCCCUACCCCCAGCACCCCACAUCGGUGGAGCCACGCCAGUGCCACGUUCCACGCCUCACUCGGGCACGGCAGCGGAAGGUUUUUUAAAGGUCUUUAAUGCUCUUCACUUGUGAAAAGUACUCAAGAUCCAUUUUUUUUUUUUUUUAGCUACCUUAUGCCUAGAAAGAGAAUUCUUGUUUUCUUUCUUUCGGCAGGAGUGUUUUAGCAGGUGAUGAGUCCUACACAAAACUGAUACUAACGGAUUCUCCUGUGACCGCCCAGUCCCUUGUUGGAGACAGGGCCCAAGUCCUCACCCACAGACUUGUUUUUGGAAAGCCCCUAGGGAAUGGUUUUAUUCUUCUGCCAUAAACGCUUCUCUAAUUUAAUAACUGUCUCCUUAGCACCCAACCUGAACCCCAGAGUCCUCCACCAUGGUUAGCUAUCCACCAUGUUGACGUCGCUCGGUUUCCACAGAUGUUCUAGGCAUGGAAACACCUUACCACUGAACUUGAGGUUUUAUAUCUGUUUCCCCAGGCCCAGCAGUGAAGGACGCCAUAGCUGCCCAGGUCUGCCCCUCCGCUUUCCCAGGAUGCCACCCUGACCACACCGUGCAGUGACAUCCGAGAGCUCUUUCUGCAGUGGGUGGUCUGGUCUUUUUAUACCGUUUUCUCAAAGCCACUGACGUGUGUCCCUGUUCAAUGUGUAGCAUUGUAAUGAGAGCCACCAAACCCUGAAUGUCAGUUUGUUGUCCCUGUUGUAGAUGAAAUAGUGAUGUAGAAAAACCUAGUAGACUCUGAAUGCUUUUGCACAUAGACUUAUCUGGAAUGUGAACAUGACUCUUUGGUUAACGGUAGUUGCGUAACUGUAGUCCUGAGUAGGUGCAUCUCUGUCUGUCUCAAUAAAUUUUAAUUUGUCUGCAA